AUGAAAAACGACGAUGAGCUGGAUCCAUGUCUGCCGACGCCGAACACCGUCUACAAAUCGCGGCUCUCCAUGUAUCGGAUCAAAACACUUCUCGGCAAGGGCGGCUAUGGCGCGGUCUUUGAAGCGGUGCGAAUCAGCGACAACACGCGCGUGGCCAUCAAAUGUGAGCUAAACGCCGUCAGGAAAAAGUUGCUCUACUUGGAGGUGAAAGUGCUGAAGGCGGCGCAAAAGCUGGGAAUGACGCGUUUUUGUCGGAUUUUUGAUCACGGUAUCAUCAACGAUCAGCUCUCAUUUCUCGUCAUGACGCUGAUUGGCACAAAUCUCUGGGACAAUCGAAUGUCACGACCAAAACACCACUUUAGCACCUCCACCGCAUUGCAAAUGGCCGAACAAACGCUUUUGUGCAUCGAGCAGCUGCAUCGGCUUGGAUUUCUGCAUCGUGACGUAAAGCCGGGCAAUUUUGGGCUAGGCCAUGACGAGAAAACGAAGCACACGUUGUAUGUGCUCGAUUUUGGACUUUGCCGACGAUACACUGAUAGAGAGCUUCGUCGCCCAAGGCAACGCCCUAGCUAUCGAGGAACCACAAGGUACGCUUCUGUGGCCGCGCUCAGUCUUGUCGAACAAAGCAGGAAAGACGAUUUGGAGAGUUGGCUGUACAUGAUCAUCGAGUGGUCGAGUGGGAAAUUACCGUGGCGCAACGAUCGGGAUAAGAAAGAAGUGAUUCGACAAAAAAUGGAGUUACGAAGCGAGGAAUCGAUCAGGAACAAAGUGCUGAAUAUUUGCCCUAGAGAGCAGUACACGACCAUUAUGAGGUACUUGGACGAGUUGACAUAUGUGGAUGUGCCUGAUUACGAGUAUAUCCAAGGAAUUAUCAAGGACUCAUACACGGUGUACGGUUUUUCGCCAAACACACCGCUUGAUUGGGAUACGGAUCAAGAAUUCAAUCCGCCGCAAGACGUGAUCGGAACUGGACGACCAAUCUACUUUGAUCAAAUGAAGAGCACCCAUCCAUCCGGGAAGAAGGAAAAGGGAAACACCAAGGACACCGUUAUCGACAAGCUGAGAGAGGGCACAUGCCCUUCUGGGACUAAA